GCUCGGUCCCAGAAUGCUGCCUGGUAAACAGACAUGGAAGCACCUGGUGAAGACCUCCACAGUCCCUGAGCACUGCACCGCCGCUCCGCGUUCCUCUCUCAGCCUCAUUCUCAAUCUCCUCUAACGGCCCACACAUCUGCUAGCUCUCGGAGCCUGGCUCGGAUCUCUGAGGUCCGGGACGAAGGUCUGGUGUCCAGAGCGCGUGGCCGAGCGGAAUCACCAAAGCCGAUGAGGAUCUGCUGAUUUGGGCUGCGGAGUUCUGUUUUUCACCUUUCACUAGCGGUGAAGCAUGUCGGAAAGGGCCGAGGAGGGCGAGCCGCGGGCGGAGCAGCGCGCCAGAGCGCCGCCCAGACACCAGCAGCAGCGGACUGAAGGCGCGUCAGCAAUGGCGGCCAUCGGCGAGCGCGCGGCGUCUCUCCCGAGUCCGGAAGUCAUGCUGGGCCAGGCGUGGAGCUGCUGGGUGGACGCCGUGAAGCUGCACGCGACCGACGGCAUAGAACCAGAAGAAAGUUUUAAAGAGUGCGGGAGGAACCGAGAAGCCAUGCGACUGUGCAGAGACGAUAUGCCCAUUUUCGGGCAAUGUCCUGCGCAGGACGACUUUUACCUGGUCAUGUGCAAUCACUGCAGUCAGGUCGUCAAACCCCAGGCCUUCCAAGCACACUACGAGAGACGACACAGCUCCAUUAACAAGCCAGCAUCCUCCUACCCGUCCUCGGCUGCGCUCCCGGGUCUCCCCUCCCGGGCCAGAACCGGUGGAGCAGGUGGAGGCGGCCCUGCCAGCGCCAUGCCCGUGGGUUCAUCUUCCUCCUCCUCCGCUGGAGGGAGCAACAACACCCACACAGCCAAAGAGAAGCUGCCUCACCGGAAGCCUCACUUCCCCCCAAAGGUGCUGCACGACAUUUUGACCCCAGCUGUCAAAGUGGAGAAGAUCCAUGUGAAGAUGGACUACGCCUCCUCCAAGCCUGGCCACGCGCCCGCUUCUUCCUCAUCCUCUUCUUCCUGCAGUACUGUGAGCUCCUCGCCCUCGAAGCCAGGCCUUAAUAGCCAGUCUGUACCAAAGGCUCAUCAGCUGUCCCCAGGCCACAUCCCUAACGGAAAGGGCCACCUGUCUCCACUCAGCAAGAAGCAGGACAGCAGCACCAAUGCCAGUAGCAAAAGACCCACCAGGAAAGUGUUAGAACGCGAGUUCAAUCCUGAUGUCCAUUGUGGUGUAAUGGAUAUCGGAGCACGUAAGCCAUGCACAAGAUCCUUAACAUGCAAGACACAUUCCUUAAGCCAGAGAAGGGCAGUGCCUGGGAGGCGGAAACGCUUUGACGUGUUGCUGGCAGAGCACAAGAAUCGAGCUCGGGAGAAGGAGCUUCAGCAACAACAGCAUAAGACGGAGCCAUCACAGCAAACCCCACCCCCUCUCAGGGAGCCCCACCCACCCCCUCACCACGGCAACCCUACGGUAGCCGCCAUUGAUGCAGCCAAGCUCUUCCCCCUCAACAAAGCCAAACCCCACAAUCCUGUGCUUCCACGCAGCAGCUCUCACAGUGGGCUGAGCAGUUUAGGGGAUGCCGCCGUGACCCCUGACCCGACCCUGAAUCCCCACUGGGCUCCCACGCCCGACGGUGCGGCUUGUCCCUCCAGUGACGAGGGCGAGAACGAGGAGAGAGAGGAGAGCAUGGAGAAACUGGACUGUCACUAUUCAGGUUACCAUCCACGGCCAGCUGCUUUCUGCACUUUCGGAAGCCGACUGUUCGGGAGAAGCUGUUACUCCUUCGACCGGCGCUGGGAUCGAGUCCGGUAUGCACUGGUGGCCAUGAUGGACAAACACGUCAACUCGCUGAUGUGGAAAAAAAUUCCACUUGCUUUGGAGAAUUCCUCCUCGUCAACAGUUACGUCGUCUCACCGGUCUAGCACAAACUCACUGUCCUCUUCCUCGGGCUUUCUGAGCCCCUCCCCUCCACCGCCUUAUAGCCAAUCACAUGACAGCAAGCCCACUCUGUCGUAUGGGACCACCCUAAACGCCCGUGUCACGUCACAGAGGGCCGGAGAGCAGCUCACUUACAGUGGAGGCGGCUCGUCCAGACAAGUGUCCUCGUCCUCACCCCAGAUGCCUUCAGCACACUCGUCCUCGCUGCCCUCCACUCCCGGCUCGAACAAAUCCGCCAAGUCUCGCUCCGGACCCAAACACUUCUGGGUCAAGGAGCCUUCUCCGGCUGCACUAGCUAGCUCCAGCUCUAACAACAACAGCAGCAGUGAUACCGGUGGCAUGAGUGUGAGUAGUAGCAGCAGCGCGAUAAGCCUCGGCUCGUCGAAGAAACGCAAGAACAGCUCUCUGCUGAAAUAUGGCGUGGAAUCCUCCCCUUCAUCCUCCUCUUCCUCUUUGAAAAAAAACUGCAUGGUGAACUCAGGCACCUCAGGGAGCAGCUUUCACUCGUCGCUAAACUCCACUUCUGUGGCUUUUUCGUCGUCCUCCUCCUCCUCUUCCUCCCACAGUGCAGGUAUGAACUGUCCGCCAGGCCGCGGCAACUCGAUGAGCGUGCGUCAGGAAGCAGCCGAACCAAUCAAACGCAUGAGCGUGAUGAUGAACAGCAGCGACUCCACGCUAUCGCUCGGCCCAUUUGUGAACAACCCAGACGGGAGAACCGACACAAAGAGGAGGAAGAGUUCACAGGCCACCAGCAGCCUCACAGGCACAGCUACCUGUACAGCAUCUGCAGGGGGAGGUGGAGGGGCACAGGGGCCUAGCAGGCCUAAAAUGGCCAAGUCUCCAGCCAUCAACAACAUUCACGGCAAGCACGCGCGGGCCAUGCCGGGAACUCCGGGGCUUCACAACAACUCACUAAUACAUCAGCCAAAGGCCCGUCCCUGACACAGGUGGGCCGGCUCUGGGGGUGCGAAGCGGUGGAGCGGAGCUCCCUUAGCGCCCGUCACGGCACACUGCACGAGGCCUUCUUCUUCUUCUUCUUCUUCUUCUUCUUCUUCUACUUCUCUUACUCUCAGCUUCCCACAAUCCUCAGGGUGGAGAGCACACUGGGCUGCUGAGUGACGGCGCGCUGUUUCUCCCGGCCACAAGGGGGCAUCACACAGGUGGCAAAUACACCAUGAGAGGGGCACAUCAGUGUGUGCGCAUGCUUGUGUAUGUGUGUGUUUGUCUGUGGUGAGUGGACGAAAUGCCAGUCGCUGCAGUGGCAGGCAGUGUGUGAUGCAGACGUACAGUAAAGGGCUGGUUAUUGGGCCACGCCUACACAUCGUCAGACGGACUUCAUCACAGCAUCAGACGGACUUCAUUAGCGAAAGAGCAUUUCGGUCGAUUUGUGUGUGUGUGUGGGUGAUACCGGAAUACUGGAAAUGAAAAUUCUGUGUGAACUGUGAGUGUUGGAGGGUGGAGCACAGGAAAAGGAUCGAAUAUCAGGAGUCUCAGAGAAGAAAAAAAAAAUGCAAUCCCGUUUGGUAUAAUGAACAUAUUUAUUUUCUGAAAGGGGGAGUUAUGUACAAUAACGCAAUUCAGCACAUUUUUGAGAGAACUAAAAAAAAGAAAAAAAAAAGUAUCCAAACAGCCUAAGGGUAAAAAUGAUGAGCGUUGAUUUAAGUCUUAAUAUUUCAUUAGAAAACAUUUUGUUUACAUACAGCAACCAUGGAACAAAAUGUUAUUUUGCAGCUACAUUGAAAUCAGCAGUAACUUCCUUAACCUUUUAGAAAUCUAGAAUUUAAAAUUGUAGCUCGUUAACUCGGCCCAGGUUCGGUUUUAAUACGGCUUUAAUUUACGUUCUCGUAACACAAAAUUCAGCACUGCUAACGAGUCGGACUGAAACUUUUUCGUACGGAAAGCUAAGCAGCUUCUGCUUAUUGUUUCCAUACUUUCAUUAAAGGAAUGAAAUUUCAGCUUUUCAUCUCUAUCCACCACACGUGUGUGUGUGUGUGUGUGUGUGUGUUUACCACGGACAAGAAUUCCUACUCUCUAAAAAAUAUCUAUGUAUUAAAAAAAAAAAAUCCUGACAAUCCAGGUUAACCUUCUGUUUAAUGUCAAACGCUUGACCUGAAACUUUUGAUUAAAUGAGUUACUCUUUUAACAGCAGGCUGUCUGCACAGGUCCGUGUCGUACUAAGAUCCUUUUAUUGUUAGUGUUGCAAUGGUUGUUUAUGUAAUUUACGUUAUAUAUUAGACCUAAGUGAGCUGGAGUAAACCGGCUGUCUGUUCUUAUUUUCAGAAAAAAGCGUAGUAAUCACACGUUGUCUCGGUGUCUGGUCAUGUGGGGAGACUCCACUGCAGUCUCAACAUCUGAAUGAAUUAUCAGAAAACCACCGGAGUUUGUGAGCCACACUAGAGUUCCUAAUGAAAAAUUAAAAACGUUGGUGGAUAGAGAUAAGGUUGAAAAUCACCGAAGUUUCAUUUUAAUCGGUUAUAACGAAGCUCCUCACUUCAUGUCCUCUCUAAAACCUGACUUUGAACCGUCAGUGUUAGCAGUGAGAACCGUGCGCCCGUCGGUUUUUAUUCAGCUCUACACGCCGCUACGCAGUCGGACAGAUUGCUGAUCACCUUUCGUACCUGUCAAACUACAAUCUCCCAGAUCUCCCUUAAUCACUACUGGACAAAUCAGGCUGUAAGGGGACGAGUGCUUAUCUCAACACACUAAACGAGACCAUGCAAUUUCUUACAUAGACUUAGUCUAUUGUGUGCAGCAGCACAGGAUCUACACUAGAACGUGUAAGACGUUCAUCUCGUCUGUUAGCGACUCGACAACAACAAGGAAUACUUCACUCACAUUUGCAGCUAAGAACGAAAGCUGCACGACUGUUUCCUUCACUCUACUACCCUUCAUCCAUUAAUAGCAGAAAUCUGCAUGAGUGCUUUCACACUUUGGGGUUUUUUUCCUCCCCGUAGAAGAAAAAAGCGAGAGCGAGAGUUGUUUUGCGGCGUUCCCACUGUAACCAUAACGACGCACUGGCAACGUAAUAUAGAUUCGAUUUCUGUAGAUUCUCUCACUAGCUGAAUGAAUUUUUAUUUUUCUCUCUGUUGUGAAUGUGCAGCGUGCACGAGUGUCACCUUGCACUCUGAGUCGACUCACCUGGACGAAACGAAUCAGACGUGAGCUGUCGAAGUACAGAGCCUGGGAUUGGGGACUUCAAGCAGGAAAUUAGAAAAUAUAUGCAGUAAUCAUCUUGGCACUUAUUCAGCUCCCCUGUUCUUCAUGCUUGUAUCAUUUUUUGGUGAUUUGAGCUGUUUUUCUGAAAGAAAUUGAAUAUUUAUCAGUCCGAAACGACCCUCAGAUCAAUGUGAAACCAAAUAGCAAACAAACCAAAAGAAUCAGUUUUUGCUCUGAUGGAGACUCUGGGAAAACGGGUGUGAAAGCACCUUGAUGGGUUUUUUUGUUUUCUACUUUGUUUAGUUUCCCCCACUGGGACAUCAUGCAUUGUUGUUUAAGGGGGGAAAAUCAUGCCAAGUGUGAAAGCAGCCUAAAUUUGUCCUUUUAUACCAGAACAGGGGUGGCGAGGUCAGUGGUCAGCGGCAAUACACAGAACUACAGAAUAUGAGACACUGUGAGAAGCUCCUAAGGUGACGCUUAGCCCUAUAGCCCCAUGUUUUCUCUUUCUCUCUCUCUCUCUCACACAAACACACACACACCACUGAGUGAAUUGAAAAGCAAUUCCCGCUCUAGCGUACAGAAUGACCACUAUGGUUUCUUUUCUAUCGCCACUUCCAGUACUGACUAAUCUCCCUGUCCUAACACAGUGUUUUGAUCAUUGACACGGACAGGAUUUUCUACGAAUCCAAAAAUCAUAAAGAGCUGGCAAUCGAAUCUCGUUAAGCUUUGAGAGUAUUAGGUAUAAAGUCGUGGAGGCAAAUAAAUAAAAAUUCUGAACUGAUGUCAGUCAGCGAUCGCAGCUGAGGGGAAAAAAGAGAGCUUUUUUUUUUUCUUUUUUUCUUUUUUUUCUUCCUCCUAUCUUUUUUUUUUUUUCUAUCGACGAAUAUUGAAGUCAACCCUAUUUCAGAAUACAUAUUUUGUUAAAAAAUGAGAAAAAAAAAAAAAGAAUCGAGAGAAUUGUACAUACGGAGAUGUAUUUUUGCACAGGCAUUUUCUUACACGUUUUUUGGUACAGUUGAGAUCGUUAUUAUUUAUUUCGUGAAUGGAUCCGUUUUAAGAUUUGAAGUGGUUCACUGCCAAGCCAAUAAUGCAAUAUGCCUCUUAAACAAAAACGAAAACGGAGCUUCUUCUUUAUAGCUGUGGACUGAAAUCCUUAUGAAGGAGCGUUGCCACCUUAAGUGGAGAAAAAUCAUCUUUUUCCUUUUCUUUCUCGCUUUUUCUGCUAAGUGAAAUGAAUCAAGAGGAUGUUCUUAAAAAAAAAUGGCCCCCAAACCCUCCCCAUAGAUUUCAUCAAUCAACCCAUUUCACUAGUCGUUCGUGUUUAAGGAUGGCGUGGGGCUGUCGACGAAGAAAAAGAAGACUUAAAAGAAGCAAUUUAAUAAGGAUGCACCGCCGUUGCCAAACUUCUUUAUAUCUCGAAAACACUGCAGUCGUUCUCUUUUUUGCAGCUUUUUAAACUAAUAACAAAGCGGAAAAGUGCCUGAAUUCGUUUCUCACCUGUUUUAGUAAUCGGUAAAUUCUGUUCCACGUUACACAAGUGUUAUAUCAAUGGUUUUGUAGAAACUUAAUUUCUUAUUGUUCUUUUUUUUUUUUAUAAAAAAAAAACAAAA